UUCUUUAAACUCUCACAGAGCUAAAUGCUUCAUAGGGAAUCAGACUUUGUCGGUGCAUUAGCUACCUCAAAACAUUUGUCUUAAAAUCAUGGGGAUAUUCGAUCUGUUUCUCCAGUCCUUCAGUUCUGUCUCCCUGCUGGGAGCUCUGGUGGUUCUGCUGCUCAUCUACCUCAUCUCCUCCUCCAGCUUCAGCUCCCAGGCAGACGGGAAAGAGCCUCCAGGACCAAAACCCUUUCCCCUGCUCGGUAACCUGCUGCAGCUGGACCUUAAUAAGCCCUACAACACAUUAUGUCAGCUUUCCAAGAAAUAUGGGUCAGUGUUCACUGUUUACCUCGGACCACAAAAAGUGGUGGUUCUGGCUGGAUACAAGGCAGUGAAGGAGGCGCUUGUCAGCAAUGCUGAAGACUUUGGAGACAGAGAUCUCUUUGUGCUUACUCAUGAACUCAGUAAAGGACAUGGGGUUUUAUGGUCCAAUGGGGAUUCAUGGAAAGAGAUGAGGCGCUUUGCCUUGACUAACCUGAGAGACUUUGGAAUGGGCAAGAGGGCAUGUGAGGACAAAAUCAUUGAGGAAUGUGAACACCUCAUUGAAGUCUUCAAGAAACACAAAGGAGAAGCCUUUGAUACGACCCAUUCAGUAAACUAUGCGGUCUCUAAUAUCAUCUGCUCCAUUGUCUACGGCAACAGAUUUGACUACCAUGACCCGAGGUUUACAUCUAUGGUAGACACAACCAACAAAAUAAUUCAACUUGCAGGCUCCCCAUCAAUACAGAUCUACAACAUGUUCCCAUGGAUCUUCAAAUGGGCUGGCAACAGAAGGGAAAUCCAGAAACUCAACACUUUCAAUAAGCAACAGAACUUAGAGCUCUUCAGACGUUUAAAAGAGACCCUCAACCCACAGAUGUGCAGAGGCUUUGCAGACGCCUUUCUGGCUAAGAAGCAAAAUCUGGAGGCAUCUGAGGUGACUAACAGUCACUUCCACGAUAACAAUCUAAUGGAGACGGUCCUGAAUCUGUUUGCGGCUGGCACUGAUACGACAGCAACCACACUCAGAUGGGCACUUCUACUGAUGGCCAAGUACCCGAAAAUACAAGCCCAGGUCCACGAGGAGGUGAACAGGGUGAUAGGAAGUCGUCAGGUGCAGGUCGAGGACAGGAGGAACAUGCCCUUCACUGACGCUGUCAUCCAUGAGACACAGAGACUGGCCAACAUCGUCCCCAUGGCACUUCCUCACAAAACCAGCCAAGAUGUCACCUUCCAGGGUUACUUCAUUAAAAAGGGGACCACAGUGUAUCCUCUCCUAACAUCUGUCCUGUAUGAUGAGAGUGAGUGGGAGAAGCCAUACACCUUUCAUCCUGCCCACUUCCUGGACAAAGAUGGAAAGUUUGUCAAGCGAGACGCCUUCAUGCCUUUCUCCGCAGGUCGAAGGAUUUGUCUUGGAGAGGGUCUGGCCAGGAUGGAGCUCUUCAUCUUCUUCACCACAAUCAUGCAACGCUUUCGCUUCACUCCUCCGCCUGGAGUUUCAGAGGAUGACCUGGAUCUGACUCCCCGUGUGGGCUUCACCCUCAACCCUUCACCUCAUGAACUGUGUGCUGUUUCCCGUGAUGAGGAGAACGAGGGCUUUAACAUGUUGUAAUAAAUCAAUCUUAGUCAUAUGCGAAAGAGGAGAUUAUAAUUCAUUCACAAAGUGUAAUACUCAUGUGUAAUAGGGUUAUUUCAGAUUGUUGAAAUUAAUCCAAAUUCCUUCCUAUGUCAAUAUUCCUGAAAUAUUCAAUGAAGUUUAUUUGUUCGUUUAGUUCCAUUGGGGAAAAGCUUUAAAUCCUAUCUGAAUCCAUGCAAGGCUCCUUUUAGUUGUUUGAUUACAGCACCGUCAUGUGGCGCCCAUUCGAAAUGGCCCGAGGGGAAGUGAGUGUUCACAAAGAGCUCGCCCCCGAGCAGUCGUGCUCUUACCACAGAGGCACUGUGGAGAAAUCUAAGGUUCAAAACUGACUUUUUUUAGUGAGUUUUAUCUGAAGCUGUUGUAGAAAUGAAAUCCAAAUUUCAUGACUGUCUAGUUAUGUUUUAAAACUGAGACAACAGCACAUAUGUUUUUCUUUUUAUGUCUUUAUUAACACAACCAACUAAUGUUAUUUGUAUCAAUAAAAAAUAUUAUAUUUG